GAAUUGCCGGUGGCUUCUCUCUCUCGCAGAACGAUCUACCCUCAACAAAUACGCAUUACAGAUAUUUGUCAAUAAUUAGUAGUGCAAAAUUACUUACUACAAUUAGUUGAGUUCUUGACGGAUUAAUAACAUUACUGCUGUCGUUGGAAAUAAUAAGAAAAAAAGAUGGACGGAGACUUGUACGACGAAUUUGGAAACUACAUCGGACCUGAUCUGGACUCGGAGGAGGAAGAGGAAGAAGACCAACAUGACGAUGAGAGAGAUUUUGAUGAUGAUGACAUGGACCAAGAUGAAGUUCGCGAGGAGGAGCCAUCAAUGACUUCGACAGCCGUUGUGCUUCAUGAGGAUAAAAAGUAUUACCCGUCAGCGUUGGAGAUAUACGGACCAGAUGUGGAAACGAUUGUUCAGGAGGAAGAUGCCCAACCAUUGACGGAACCAAUUAUAAAGCCCGUGAGGAAAAUAAAGUUUGAGCACGUGGAGAAGGAGUUGCCACAAACGACAUAUGAUAUGGAAUUCCUCGCUGAUAUGAUGGAUAACUCGUCUUUGAUUAGGAAUGUGGGUCUGGUAGGCCAUUUGCAUCAUGGAAAAACCAGCUUCACAGACUGCUUGAUGGAGCAAACUCAUCCUGACCUUCAAUUAAAUCCCAAUUUGGACAAAGCGUUGGUUCGCUACACUGACACUUUGUGCACCGAACAGGAUCGCGGUGUGACCAUCAAGUCGAUGCCAAUUACUUUCCUUAUGCAGGAUACCAAAGCAAAGUCUUAUUUGUUAAACGUAAUGGAUACACCAGGACAUGUCAAUUUCUCAGAUGAGGUGACGGCUGCAAUGCGGCUUUGUGACGGAAUUGUACUGUUUGUAGACGCUGCUGAAGGAGUGAUGUUAAACACUGAAAGAAUAUUAAAGCAUGCUGUUCAGGAAAAAUUGGCAGUAACACUGUGCAUAAACAAAAUCGACCGCCUGAUUUUUGAACUAAAGCUUCCUCCCCAGGACGCGUACUAUAAAAUUAAGCACAUCAUUGAAGAAGUGAAUGCGUUAUUGUGUUUGUACACGGGUGACAGCAAUGAGGAUUUUCCAAUACUUUCACCAAGCGCAGGGAAUGUGUGCUUUGCCAGCUCUCUGUAUUCAAUUUGUUUCACCCUUAAGUCGUUCGCCUCCAUGUAUGCAGAUGUUUAUGGAGAUAUUAACAUCAAAGCAUUUGCAGAACGAUUGUGGGGAGACGUUUAUUUUAGUCCAAAAACGAGAAAAUUUACCAAGAAACCGCCAACAGCAGCUUCACAGCGAAGUUUUGUUGAAUUUAUUCUUGAGCCAGUCUACAAAAUUUUCUCUCAUGUGGUUGGCGAUGUUGACCAGUGUCUAACAUCUCUAUGUGAGGAACUUGGAAUUAGACUGACCAAGGAAGAAUCAAAGCUAAACAUUCGUCCAUUGUUAAGAUUAAUUUUCCAGCGGUUUUUGGGUAGUUUUUCUGGAUUUGUGGACAUGGUCGCAGAGCAUGUUCCCUCGCCAAGCGAUAAUGCACGGAACAAGAUGGUUCAUGCUUAUACUGGGCCGUUGGACUCUGACAUUGGAGAUGAUAUAUUGAAUUGUGAUCCCGAGGGAACUUUAAUCGUUCACAGUACCAAGAUGUACCCAACAGAGGAUUGCGUUUGUUUCCACGUAUUUGGCCGAAUCUUCAGUGGUACUCUACAUGCGAACCAAAGUGUGAGAGUAUUGGGUGAAAAUUACUCGUUAGCAGAUGAGGAAGACUCCCGUGUGUUAAAUGUUGGUCGACUAUGGAUCUACGAAGCUAGAUACAAGAUUGAGGUUAAUCGUGUGCCAGCAGGGAACUGGGUCUUAAUUGAAGGAAUUGACCAGUCUGUUGUAAAAACUUGUACGAUUACUAGUUCAAAGACCAAGGACGAUUUGUAUAUUUUCCGCCCUUUGAGAUUUAAUACUCAAAGUAUUAUCAAGAUUGCCGUUGAGCCUGUCAAUCCAUCUGAAUUACCCAAAAUGCUGGAUGGCCUCAGAAAAGUUAACAAAUCAUACCCACUUGUUUCAACCAAGGUCGAAGAAUCUGGAGAGCAUGUUAUACUUGGAACUGGGGAGUUGUAUCUCGAUUGUGUGAUGCAUGACUUGCGAAAAAUGUAUUCUGAAAUUGACAUAAAAGUCGCUGAUCCCGUCGUGUCAUUCUGUGAAACCGUCGUGGAAACAUCAUCACUCAAGUGUUUUGCAGAAACCCCCAACAAGAAAAACAAGCUUACGAUGAUUGCAGAACCAUUAGAAAAAGGGUUGGCUGAGGACAUUGAAAGUGAAGUUGUCAGCAUUGGUUGGAACAAAAAACGAUUGGGAGAAUUCUUUCAAACCAAAUAUGAUUGGGAUCUUUUGGCUGCCCGUUCAAUUUGGUCAUUUGGUCCCGAUACUAAUGGGCCCAACAUUUUAGUGGAUGACACUCUUCCCUCAGAAGUCGAUAAAACAUUAUUAAAUAAUGUAAAAGACUCAAUUGUUCAAGGAUUUCAAUGGGGCACCAGAGAAGGACCACUGUGUGAAGAACCCAUCAGAAAUGUAAAGUUCAAAAUCUUGGAUGCUUUGAUAUCAAGCGAGCCUAUUCACAGAGGAGGAGGCCAAGUAAUUCCCACUGCAAGGCGAGUCGCAUAUUCCGCAUUUUUAAUGGCUACACCACGACUCAUGGAGCCCUAUCUCUUUGUUGAAGUUGUGGCUCCUGCUGAUUGCGUUUCAGCCGUUUAUACUGUUUUGGCUAGACGUCGAGGUCAUGUUACCCAAGAUUCUCCAGUUCCCGGCUCCCCCUUGUAUACAAUUAAAGCUUUUGUCCCUGCAAUCGACUCGUUUGGUUUUGAAACCGACAUGAGAACUCACACCCAAGGGCAAGCUUUUUGUCUAUCUGUAUUCCACCAUUGGCAGAUGGUCCCCGGAGAUCCUUUGGAUAAGAGCAUUAUCAUUAAGCCUCUGGAACCUCAGCCAGCAACUCAUUUGGCACGUGAGUUUAUGAUUAAAACUCGUCGUCGUAAAGGUCUUAGUGAGGAUGUUGCUAUCAACAAAUUUUUCGACGAUCCCAUGUUGUUGGAAUUAGCAAAACAGGAUGUCAUGCUUAAUUAUCCAAUGUAAUACAUAGAGUAGCUUUGCAUUAUUUUACGAACUUGAUUUUUACAUCUUUUGUUUAUGUACUUAAAACAAGAGUAAAACACAUUGAAAUAUAAAAUUAUUAUUAAAUCAAGCAAGAA